AAGAGGGGCGGUAGAAUCGCGUGUAACGGUGGUAGGGACAUAACCCAGGAAGGAUGUCGAGAGACCCGUACGCGAGCGGAAGCGGAGUGGUCGGGCAAGGAGGUGGUACCCGUUCGCCGAGAAGCGGUCGUCGCGUGGGCGAGCUGCCCACAGUCGAUCGUAGCCCGUCCCGCAGCUAUGCGAGUGGUCGCGGCAGUCCGUUGGGUUGCAAGAGGGGCACACGUAGCGGGAACAACUCGCCGGAGCAUCUCGGAUACGGUAGCUACCAUCACCAUCAGCUGGGCAGCCCGUACUACUCCCGCGACGAGGACCUCGGCAGUCCCGUGAUGCUCGGGGAGAGGGGCAGGAGUAUGUCGACCGGGGGCGGUGGGGGCGGACAUCACAGAUCCAGAAGCGCCUCGAGACCCGCCAUGUCCAACUCGGCGGGCAUGUCGGCGAGGUACACCAGCCUGGAUCACGCCUCGGCGGGUAUACUCGAUCACGAUCGCGAGUUCGUGCCGAUACGGGAUUCACGCGAGCGUAGCCGUGACUGCGGUCUGUAUCUUGAGGAUGAGCUGUACGGCUCUCGGUCCGCCAGACAGAGCCCGAAUCCGCACAUGCUGUGCGACAGCGGCGGUUACAUCGGCGAGCUCCAACACCAGAACAAUGAUCUGCAACGGGAACUUGGGAAUCUCAAGAAAGAGCUCGAGCUGACGAACCAGAAGCUCGGGGUCUCGAUACACAGCAUUAAGACCUUCUGGAGCCCCGAGCUGAAGAAGGAACGAGCGUUGCGAAAGGAGGAGAGCACCAAGUACAGCCUGAUCAACGAGAAGCUGAAGAUGCUAGACUCCGAGAACCAGAAGCAAAACAUGAUGGUGCGACAAUUGGAGGAGGAGCUCAGAAUGAGGAUGCGCGGGCCGAGCGUCGAGAUGCAGCAGCAGAUCGAAGUUUUGUACAACGAGAACGAGCACCUUACGCGAGAGAUCGGCAUACUUCGUGAUACGAUAAAGGAGCUGGAGUUGCGAAUAGAGACGCAAAAGCAAACGUUGCAGGCUCGAGAUGAAAGUAUCAAGAAGCUCCUCGAGAUGCUCCAAAACAAGGGGAUGGGAAAAGAGGAGGAAAGGAUCAUGUUCCAGCAGAUGCAGUCGAUGGCCCAGAAGCAGCUGGACGAGCUACGGACGGAGGUGCAGCGCAGGGACCAGGAGCUGCUCGGCAUGUCGGCGAAGAUGAAGACCCUCGAGGAUCAGCACCAGGACUAUCAGCGGCACAUCACCGUGCUCAAGGAGUCGCUCUGCGCCAAGGAGGAACACUACAAUAUGCUACAGGCUGACGUGGAGGAAAUGCGGCAAAGGCUCGAGGAGAAGAACCGGAUGAUCGAGAAGAAGACGCAGGCGGCGAUGCAGGCGCAACAGGAACGGAAUCGUAUGAACACCGAGCUGACCGAGCUCAAGGAUCAUAUGGACAUUAAGGUCAGGAAGAUCAACGUUCUUCAACGCAAGAUCGAGAAUCUGGAGGAUCUGCUGAAGGAGAAGGACAACCAGGUCGACAUGGUCAGGGCACGUCUUACGGCGAUGCAGACGCACCAAUGCAGCAGCGAGGGCGCGCUUAGCAGCCUCGAGGAAGCGAUAGGCGACAAGGAGAAGCAAAUGGCGCAAUUACGGGAGCAGAGGGACCGGGCGGAACAAGAGAAGCAAGAGGAAAGGGAAUUGCAUGAACGGGAGAUCGCCGAGUACAAAAUGAAAAUUCACGCUCUCGAAUCGGAGGUCGAGAAACUGGGCGCCCGUUUGGAGAGAGCGCAGGCAGAAAAGGACAGGCUCGAGGCGAAGCUGGAGAGUUCCCAGUCGGAGCUGGGCAAGAGCAAAGCCGAACUUGACAAAGCCGCGUCCGAGGUCGGUCGCAGCGGCGCCGACUGGGAGGCUGCGAAGCAACGGAUCACCAGACUGGAACUGGAGAACGAGAGGCUGAAGCAUGAUGUCGACAGAUCGCAAACCACCUACGGUAGAAGCACCCUGAACUCUACCCAGGAAAUGGACAGGAUCCACGAACGUGCCGAGAAAACAGCGGCGGAGCUCAGGCGGGCACAGGCUGAACUCAGGGUGACGUUGCUCGAACGAGACGACGCCGUGACCGAGAUCGAGAUCUUGAAAGAGAAAUUGGACAAGGCGCAGUAUGCUAUGAAUAAGGCACACGAGGACCGGGAGAACGCGAACAAGGAGUUCGAGAAGAUGCGCGAGAAGUACGACAGAGCCCAGAGCGAGGUGUACCGACUGCAGAACCGCAUCGAGGUGAUGGAAGCGGACAAAGACCGGCUCGAGCUCGAAGCGGACAAGCAACAAAUGCUGGCGUCGAAGAGUCGCGAAGAGGCGCGCAAGGCCCAAGAGGAACUGGCUCGCGUGCAGGAACUAUACGAUCGUGCCGCGCUUCAGCUGGGCCGUACCAAGGAACACGAGGAGAAGUCGAAGGAGGAUCUGGACAGGUUGACGGUGGAUCUGGAAAUGGUACGGGAACGUUACGAGAAGUCGCAGAUCGAGCUACGCCGGCUGCAGAAUGAACGGGAGAAAUUAGUCGCGGACAACGAAAGGAUUAGCUUCGAGCUGGAGCGCGCUCAUUCGCAGCUGAACAAGGCGCAAGCGGCAACAGAGAAGACGCAGGAAGAGUUAGCGCGUAUGCAGCUGGAGAUCGAGAAAAUGUACGAGAAACACGACCGGCAGCAGGCCGAAGUGAGGAAAGCGCAAAGCGAAACGGAACGGUUGCGGGUCGAAGCGGAGAGCGCAAGGGAGGAAUCCGAGAGGUACGCGGCCAGGUUCGGCAAGUACCAGGAGAGCCAAGAACGGCAGAAGGAGGAACACGAGUGGGCGAAGCUGGAGGUGGAGCGGCUACGGGAUCGUCUGGAGAAGGCGCUGGCGGAGCUCGAACGCGCGAGGAAGGCCGAGCAGGACGCCUCGAGGUUGCGCGCCGAUCUGGAACGUGCGGAGGGGGUGCGAGGUAAAUACCAGUACGAGCAAGAGAAAUGGCAAAGCGAGGGUAGUAGGCUACAGCAGGAGGUGGAUAAGCUGCGGGAACGUCUCGAGGGACGUGAAUCGGAGCUGAAGAGGACGCAGACCAGCCACUCGGAGCUCGAGGCGAAGCUGCACGAGACGCAGCUUCAGCUCGAGCGGGCGAGAGAGGAGGCGACCAAGGCGAACGCCGCACAGGAGCGGAAUCGGGGCGAGAUCGAACGGGCUAAGAUCGAGACCGAGAAGAUACGCGAUCGUCACGACAAGGUGAAGGCGAGAGCGGACGCCCUCGAGGCGGACAACGAGAAACUACGCGUCGAGAUGCUACGGCUCGAGAGGCUGAUGCAGACCGAGGGUAAGACCAGAUCGGAGAGCGCGAGCAUCGAGGUCGAACGGCUGCGCGCCAGCCUCGACAAGGCGAUCACCGCUCGCGAUCAGGUGGAGCUCGAAGCCGGUCGGCUGGCCAAGGAGCUCGAGAAGACGCAUAUGCAGACGGCCAAGUAUCAGGAAGCAGCCGAGGCGAACAAGAAGGAGAUGGAACGUCUCACCACGGAGAUACAGCUGCUCGGCGACGAACGCGAGGCGCUCAGGCAGGAUCUAAGAAGGGUGCAACAGCAGCAGCAACAGCAACAACAACAACAGCAGAUGGCGGGUAACGAGGAGAUGGCGCGUUUACAGCACGAGCUACAGAUCGUGAUGCUGGAACGGGACAAGAACGCCGCGAUCCUCGAGAACAAGGAGAAACACUGGGAGAAGAUCGAGAAGGUGAAGGAGAAGCUCGAGGCGGAAGCGAAGCAGCUCCAGGUGGAACGAGAUCAGCUGGUGAUACAGCUGGAGAAAUCGCAGGAGAUGCUGGUGAACUUCCAGCAGGAGCUGAACGCGAACGAGGCGGAACUGGAGCGUCAACGGGAGGAGGUGCGCCGGUUACAGCAGCUACAGCAACAAAGGGCCCACGCCCAGACGCCGGACAGAGCCGCGAAGGAGGCCCUCGAAGCGCAGAUGCGAGAGGUUCAUCGGUUGACGCAACAGGUCCAGAACCUGACGCAGGCCCAGAACAAGGAACGACAGAGGGCCGAGCAGGCCGAGAAACGGGUGCAGGAGCUGAACAAGCAGAUGAACGGUAGGGACUCGUCGGUCGAGGGGCAGCUCGAACAGUGGCGGAAGAUCUGCGACACGGAGAAGCAACGCGCGGACGCUGCCGAGAGGCAGGUUGUCGAGCUACAGAAGUGCAUCCAGGCGACCGAGAGGAACCUUCACGGCCAGCAACAGCAGAUCCAGCUGAUGCAGGUCACCAUUCAGCAGCUACAACAACAACAACAGCAGCAGCAGCCACAGCAGAACGGCCAGGAGGCCGCCAGACUGCGAAAGGAGCUUGAACGCGCGCGAGAGGAGACCUCUAAGCAGGCGAUCGAGCGCGAGCGGUUCCAGGCGCAGAUCGAAAUGCUGUGCCAGGAACUCGAGAAAUCUCAGGUGGACCUGCACGAGGCGAACAAGAAACUCCAAACUGGCGGCGGGAGACCUGGUCCCGAUACUACACAAGAGAGACACCAUCUAGAGGAGCAGAAACGCCAGGUGGAGGAACAGAGAAGACAUAUGGAAGAACGAGCGAAGUCCGUAGAUCAGAAAGCUAGGACGAUAGAGGAGAAGGAGAGGAUGCUCCAAAGUCUCGACCAAGACCUGAAGAAACGAAAAGCGAAAAUGGACCAGCUGGAGCAGCAGUUACAGAGGAGCGGCGGAUCGCCGGACAAGAGAUUGACGGAAAUGCAGAAGGCACUCGAGACCGCGGAGAAAGACUUGGAGAAAGCGAAGGAGGAGUCGACCAGAAGCUCCGCCGAGACCGAGAGGCUACUGCAGUUGAUGCAGAUGACACAGGAAGAACAGAACACGAAGGAGAGACAGAUCAGAGAACUUCAAGAUGCACUAAAAGCCGCACAAGCCAAGUUGAAACAAGCCGCAACUGCACAGCAACAAGAGAACUCGGAGAACGUUAAACGGGUCGAGGACGACACCAGGAAGAGGGAACUGGAGGCGAAGGACAAGGAGAUAUCGGAGCUGGUGUCGAAGGCGUCGAGCCUGGAGGAGUUGUUGAAAGAGCACGCCUGCACCAAGAAGAUCAAGGACGCGCGAAACGGUAACCUGGACGAUCACGAGAAUUGGCGAACCGAACUGGAGCUGAAGAAACGACGAAUAGCAGAGCUGGAGAACGAACUGGUCGCCUGUAAAACCGUCAAGAACACCAGUAACGCGUGCACGCAAAGUCUGAAGAUGAUGGACGAGCUGAAGGUGGAUAAAGAUUCGUGGGGGAAGGAACUGGAAGCGAAGAACAGACGGAUAUCGCAAUUAGAAGACGAGCUUGAGUCAUUGAAGCGCCUGACGAAAGUGGACGGUCAACCGUCCAGGUCCAAGAGAUCCCAAGAGAACAACGCUAGAACGAAAGACCAUGGCGACUCUUGGAAACAGGAGCUAGAGGCGAAGAAUCGACGAAUCGUCGAGCUGGAGCAGGAAAUGGAGUCCCUGGAGAAUUUUCUCCGGGACCACGCGGACACCGAGAGCGUACGGGACUUGGAGGCGCUGAUCGAAAGGAAGACCAGAAGGAUCGAGGAGCUGGAGGACACUGUGGCCGAGUUCGAGGACUUUCUGAAGCAGAAUCCCGACGUGAAGGAGCUGCACGAGCUUCGUUGUCGAAUCACCGCCGGCGACCGAAGGAUCCAAGAGCUGGAGAGAUGGAUACAGAAGAACGGCGAGAACCGAGAGUCGAGGAUCGAUCAGGAGAGGAUUAUCGAGCUGGAGGAAAUGGUCACGCAACUGGAGGAAUAUGUGAGGAAGCAUAAUGUCGAUGGGCUGCAGAUGAAGCUACAGGAUCGUGAAUGCAGGAUCGAACAGCUGCAGAGCCGGGUUGGGUCUUUGGAGAAGGAACUGUUGAAAGCUGAGGAAAGUUAUCGAGAAAAGGAUGCACAGAAAAAUCAUCGGAACGUCCAGGACAGAGAGACGACAAUGACACCGGAUGAUUUACCGUACGAUCACACGAUCAUCGAGAGGAGCCCAGAACUACGCGAAAAAGAUCAAACGAUGAAGAAGAUGGAACACGCGAUUUCGGAGAAGGAUAAUAAGAUUCAGGCGUACGAGCAGGAAAUCGUCGAGUGUAAAGAUGAAAUAAUGAACCUUCGAAAGGAGAUUUGUAGCUUGAAGAAAGAGCUUAGUGAGUACGACGACAUUGGUGUACUGAAGGAAGAGAUCAGAGUUAGAGACGAGAGGGUUCAACAGCUCGAAGACGAGGUGGAUUCCCUGGAAAGGGCGUUCAGUGAGAGGAUCGAUCUCGAACAGAUCGAGGAACUCGUGAACGUUAUAAAAGAAAAAGAGGACAGGGAACGUCAAAUGUCGAGAGGUCUGGCGGAGAAAAAACAAGAUAGCGUCGUUAUUGUCAGUGACAGAGAAAGAAAAUUGAAGAACGAGGAGAAGAUGAAAACGGAAGCCCUUCAAAGAGUAGCCAAAUUGGAACAGAGAAUCGCAUCGAUGCAAACCGCUUCAGCGUUGAAAUGCAUCACUUGUCAGCCCCUUCUCUCGAAGCUGCACAAGUACGAGACGAAGCUUGAAAAGCUCACCGAAGAAAGAACCGUACAGCUGGAGGAUCUACGGCAAAUGAAGCGAGAAGCUUUGAAAGCAGCCGUAUCCGAAAAGGACGCGCACCUGGCUCUGCUGGAGCUUUCCGGGAUUAAAAAUGCUGUUCAGUCCGAACAAGCUGAACAGUUGAAGGCAGACAGAACACGGUUGUUGGAUAAGCUGAAAAAAGAGGAUGAAAAAAGCAUCGAGUUGUCAACGGAGUCCAGUUCAACAGGCUCAGAGGGAACGCCGCCGUUGCUCACGAAAAUUCUAGAAACGUCUGACGACGACGACGGCGACAACGAAGGAACUCCGAACAAUCGUCACAGUGAUUCGAGUUCUCCAAGGCCAGCCACGACGAACGGCGACAGCUGCGGUCACGCCAAAAAGAAGACAACACCAAAAGGAUUGGAAUUAAGAAGCAGACGGGAUCAACCGAAGAUCAAUGAACAGGAUAGCAGAUAAGUACUCGAGACCAGCCACGGUCGCAUUACAGUGUAGAAAAAGAGAGAAAAAAAGAAAUUAUCGGUCUCUCUUCGUUUCUUCGAUGUUGUAAUGUGCACACACCACGCAACCGUAGAGGCAGCCUAGAGCAUUUCUAGAGUGUUUAUAGAGAGAGAUCAACAGAGAUAUACCUCAUCGACUCCAACAGCGACAGUACCGACAGACAAGCAUAUAUCUCUGUGUCGUUCAUCAUUUCACACGUAAUCCAUCAAAAGCAUCGUCACC